GAGCCCGCGGAAGGCCGACGCAAUCCCCUCGCGUCGACGCUGUUUGAAACACAGUUCGACACUUGACUCGGGUCCACAAUGCUUCGCCUCCAUCGACGGCGACGCACGCGAGCGCGCAUGGCGGUCGGGGUGCCCGCUUCGGAGGCAGUAGGGCGCGCCGCGGAGGCGAUCGGCGGCGGGGACGGGGGUGAGGUGCCAUUGGAGAUUUAUGGGAAGGAGGAGCUGCCAGCGGACGGGGUGCCGGCAGUCGAGGUAGAGGUGAAGAGGGAGGCGGCGGCGCCAGUGGAGCGGGCACCGGCGGCGAUCGCAGUGGAAGGGGAGGAGGAGGGCCACGACGGCGAGGAUAAGAACGAGGCGGCGGUGAUUGAGGAGGAGGGGGAGAAAUGGCUGAAGCAUUACUCCUCUACGCAAAGCAUACUGACUGUCGGCGACGGGGAUUUCUCCUUCUCGCUGGCGCUGGCCACUGCGUUCGGCUCCGGCGCGAACCUCGUCGCGACGUCCCUCGACACCUAUGAGGCUCUGAGGGGCAAAUACAGCAAAGCAGAGUCAAAUAUAAUGGAGCUGAAAAGAUUGGGUACCACAGUUUUGCAUGGUGUUGAUGCAAAAACAAUGAGGUUUCACACUGACUUGAAGAACAAACGGUUUGAUCGGAUUGUCUUUAAUUUUCCUCAUGCUGGCUUCAAAGGAAAAGAGGACGACAUGCAUAUGAUCAACUUGCACAAGGAGUUGGUGUGGGGCUUUUUCUGCAACGCACGCUACCUUCUUCGGCGAUAUGGUGAAAUCCACGUUACCCACAAGAUUGGUGGGGUAUAUGACAGAUGGGAUCUUGAGCACCUAGCCUCUGCGUGUUCUCUUGUUCUGGUUGUGAACGUUGGUUUUCAAAAAGAAUACUAUCCUGGGUAUAACCAAAAGAGAGGAGAUAGUGCAAGGUGCGAUGAACCUUUCGAUAUAGGUGCUAGUUGCACAUUCAAGUUCCAAAUCGGAGACCUGAAGAAGCUGAAGAAAAUGAAUGGAAACAGGGCUGGUUCAAUCUCAAACCUUGGAGGCAGUAACGUCCAUCCUGGACACUUGGCAACUGACACAGGGCCAUUUCAUCCGCUUCCUCCUGUUCAAGAAUGGCCUCGGCAACAUUUUCCUUCACCAGUUAACACAGGUGGCAUGCUGAUACCUCGACAGCCUUACAUAGUUGAUCAAUGGCAACAGCCAGGUUUUCCACUGAAGUCUGAUUGCGUAGUGAGAGCCUUUCAUCAGCACGACACUUUCCGUCCGAUGCUCAGCAUCCCAGGGCUAUCGCUGAAUGCUUUGCCCGCUCCAGCUCCAGGCGGCAUUCCUUCACCAAUGGGCAGAAUCCCACGUCCCAAUCUCCUUGCACCUCAGGAACAGCAUUGGUAUCAGCAGAGAACUAUUGCUGAUCCGCUUGGAAGCGAUAACUACUCUUACUUCGCCCGCGAAUACCAGAGGAGUCAGCAGAGGAACUAUGAUCUGCCGAGGCAAGUGAUGCCCAGAGCAACCAGCUUUAACUAUUCUGCCUUCUUGGAACGGCGCCACAGGGACAGGGAGCAUGCUCAGAAGCAAGAGUGGCUGCGCAGGAUGAUUGCAUUGUAUGGUAGGCAGUGAAGGAUGCAGGAUCUUGUGGAGGCGUGUGUAGGUUAGGUAGAUCGCGAGAAUAGAGGAGCUGGGCCUUUCUACGUUGGGUAUGACAAGUGUUUUGCGUUCCAGGCUUGUACAGGUACGGCCAUUUAGUGUGGCAAAACACUGACCACGACAGCAAGGAAUUGCUAUUUUCUACUGUCUGCAGUCCUUGGCAGCCAAACCUCCUUUCGCAAUGGAGCUGUCUGAAGAGAGUUCCUUGAUUAUUUAGUUCCUUAGUUUGCAAGAAAGUAUGGCUUAAGUUGCUUCCGGAUUAACAUUGGUCGGUCAUAUGGAUCAAAUACACCGACAGCUGAGUUAAUUUGCUCAAAGGAGCCAGAGUGGGAAAAACACCAUCGCAGAGAACUUUGAGUUGAAGAAUGUCGUCGC